UUUGACAGGAACAUUUGGUGAGUGUUCAGACACGAGCAUAAAACCUUCCCCCAAACUGCACUUAUCAUAGAGAAAGAAAUUGAAGACUCACUAGUAUCCAGUGUGUGGGAAGGUAUUCACUCGUCUUGGAAAUAUGAAGACUUGCAUGUUUGUGCAUUCAGGUGACAAACCUCAUGAAUGUCCAGAGUGUGGGAAGAGAUUCAGUCGGCUUGACAAAAUGAAGACUCACAGGAUGGUGCAUACAAAUGAAAAACCUUUUGAAUGUGCAGUGUGUGGCAAACAAUUUAGACGCCGUAAAACUAUAAUAUAUCACAUGAUAGUGCAUUCAGGAGACAAACCUCAUGAAUGUCCGGAGUGUGGGAAGAGGUUCAGUUUUCUACAACAUUUGAAGCAUCAUAUGUCAGUGCAUUCACAUGAUAAACCUCAUGAAUGUCCAGAGUGUGGGAAGAGAUUCAGUCGGCUUGGAUAUAUGAAGACUCACAGGAUGGUGCAUACAAAUGAAAAACCUUUUGCAUGUGCCGUGUGUGGGAAAAAAUUUAGGCAAAAGAGCACUAUAAAACAUCACUUGUUAGUACAUUCAGGUGACAAACCUCAUGAAUGUCCAGAGUGUGGGAAGAGAUUCAGAGAUCUUGGAGGUAUGAAGUCUCAUAGGAUGAUGCAUACAAAUGAAAAACCUUUUGAAUGUGCAGAGUGUGGCAAACAAUUUAGACGCCGUAAAACUAUAAUAUAUCACAUGAUAGUGCAUUCAGGUGACAAACCUCAUGAAUGUCCUGAGUGUGGGAAGAGGUUCAGUUUUCUACAACAUUUGAAGCGUCAUAUGUCAGUGCAUUCACAUGAAAAACCUCAUGAAUGUCCAGAGUGUGGGAAGAGAUUCAGAGAGCUUGGAGGUAUGAAGUCUCAUAGGAUCGUGCAUACAAAUGAAAAACCUUUUGAAUGUGCAGAGUGUGGCAAACAAUUUAGAAACCGAAAAAGUAUAAUAAAUCACAUAAUAGUGCAUUCAGGUGACAAACCUCAUGAAUGUCCUGAGUGUGGGAAGAGGUUCAGUUUUCUAGGACAUGUGAAGCGUCAUAUGUCAGUGCAUUCACAUGACAAACCUCAUAAAUGUCCAGAGUGUGGGAAGAGAUUCAUUCGGCUUGGAAAUAUGAAGACUCACAGGAUGGUGCAUACAAAUGAAAAACCUUUUGCAUGUGCCGUGUGUGGCAAAAAAUUUAGGCACCAUGGCACUAUAAAACAUCACAUGUUAGUACAUUCAGGUGACAAACUUCAUGAAUAUCCAGAGUGUGGAAGAGAUUCACAGAGCUUGGAGGUAUGAAGUCUCAUAGAAUGGUGCAUACAAAUGAAAAACCUUUUGAAUGUGCAGUGUGUGGCAAACAAUUUAGACACCGUGAAACGAUAAUAAAUCACAUGAGAGUGCAUUCACAUGACAAACCUUAUGAAUGUCCAGAGUGUGGGAAGAGAUUCAUUCGGCUUGGAAAUAUGAAAACUCACAGGAUGGUGCAUACAAAUGAAAAACCUUUUGAAUGUGCCGUGUGUGGCAAAAAAUUUAGGCACCGUGGCACUAUAAAAUAUCACUUGUUAGUACAUUCAGGUGACAAACCUCAUGAAUGUCCAGAGUGUGGAAAGAGAUUCAGAGAUCUUGGAGGUAUGAAGUCUCAUAGGAUGGUGCAUACAAAUGAAAAAUCUUUUGAAUGUGCCGAGUGUGACAAUUUAGGCACCGUAAAACUAUAAAACUUCACAUGUUAAUACAUUUAGGCGAGAAACCUCGAUCAUGAAUGUCCAGAGUGUGGGAAGAGAUUCAGUCUGCUUGGAAGUAUGAAGUCUCACAGGAUGCUGCAUAAAAAUGAAAAACCUUUUGAAUGUGUCAGGUGUGGCAAAAAAUUUAGGCACCAUAGCACUAUAAUACAUCACAUGUCAGUACAUGCAUGUGACAAUCCUCAUGAGUGUUCAGAGUGAGAAGAGAUUCAGUCGGCGUGGACAUAUGAAGACUCACAUGAUGGUGUAUACAGAUUAAAAACCUUUUGAAUGUGCCGAGUGUAGAAUUUUUUUUAGAGAACGUGGAAAAAUAGUAUGUCACAUGUCAGUGAAUUCAGGUGACAAACCUUAUGAGUGUUCAGAGUGUGGGAAGAGACUUAAUCAUCUUGGAAUUAUAAAGAGGGACAAGAUGAUACAUUCAGCUGAUAACCUAAGCACUUUGAGUCUGGGAGAUAAUUGAGAGAAUGUUGAAGUAAAGUGAGAUACAUAUUAAUACAUUGACUUACCUUUAAUAUAAUACAUAAUUUGGGGUUUAGCUUCAUCAUGAACAAAAAAUAUUGUGCUAUCACAAUGUCGGAUGUCCUUCAGAGGUAAUUAUGUACAGAGUAUUUUGUUUCAGAAAUACGCUUCAUCAUCACUGGUAAAGAACUAAAGGUAUUUUAUUAUUUUGUUCUUUAGUGAAAUUUAGAUGUUCCUUAUAGACCAAGCAAGACCAGGAGAAGCUGUCACUAUAAAAACUCAAUAUUGCUCAUAAGUAAAGAAAUAUUUAUUUCUUCUAGUAAAGAUAAAACAAAAGUUUUAAAUACUUUUUUUCUUUGUGUGUAUUUAAAUAUUAAUGUAAUUUUUGCUUUAUUAUGUUUAGAAAUUCAUUUAAAUUUUAAUAUAUAUAAUCUCUACUUAUGUUAUGAACAUUUUUGUUGUGAUAUUAUUUUGCAUUGGAGCUGGUGAAAAACUAGUAUUGCAGUAACUAGUAUUGGUUUAAGGAAGUUUGAAAAUUUUUGUAAAUCAUUAAUGUAUAUAAGAGUGCCCUGUGGCACUCUUGUGGUUUAUGGUUGAUUAGGUGAUGUUAAGUCAUUGAUAUCUACAUAUUUGUGUCUGUCAUUUAGAUAUGUUUUAAUAUACUUAAGAGCAAGGACUCAGAUACUAUAAUGAUGAUGUUUAACCCUUAAACUGCACAUGGCAUAUAUAUAUAUAUAUAUAUAUACGGCUGCAGUAACAUGUCCCAUCUUGGGCAUAUCAUAAAUAUACGACGUAGGGUGCUGGCCAUGAUUCAAAUGUCCAGCGGCUACACUGAAUUCACAUCAGCUUCACGACUUUAGUCAACAGACGCCAUGUUUAAAAAAAAAAUUGUAGCCAAUAUUCUCGGGUGUUACAGCCACAGUACUGUGUGAGCAACCAAGGCUGGUGCAUGCAGCAUGAGCUGACAGCACUGCUGUUUAGCUUGUGACUACAGCAUCGCCUAAAAAUGUCAAAAUAAAUUUGUAAGUGCCAUUAUUUAGUGAUGACAGUAUUACAGAAAACCCUUGUGAUUAAAAUUACCAAGAUUGUGAUAAUAGCCGAAUUCUUUUUUUUUUUUUUUUUUUUUUUUUUGAGAUAUAUACAAGAGUUGUUACAUUCUUGUACAGCCACUAGUACGCAUAGUGUUUCGGGCAAGUCCUUAAUCCUAUGGUCCCUGGAAUACGAUCCCCUGUCGCGAAGAAUCGUUUAAAUUCUUGUGAUAACUAGCUCUGUGUGGGAGGAGUAAUGCUGAAUCUGUGUGGCCACCUGUUGUCUGCUCUCACCAUAGCAGCUUAGUGGUUCGCUAUGGUGAAUGACUCUGUUUAGUGUUUCAGGUUACAGUUG